UUUAUUAAAGAUUUUGUCAUCACGGUGAAAAGGUGAAACGCAUUUUAAGCCUAUAAAGAUAUACCAACGGCAUACAAAAAUCGAUAUGUCUGAUACGCUACAAAACGAAGAAACAGCACCUACAAUAAAUAAUUCGCUUAAAAUAUCUCUGCCCACCGUUCUAUGCACAGACGCUGCAGAUGAUCCGUCUUUGCAUGUAGCAAAAUCUUUUGUAACUUCAGAAUCAAAAUUAUCUCUUCCAUCUAAUUUUGGUACACCAACUUCGCCAUUACGAAUAUCAUCACCGGUAUCUUUGCCUACAUCUCCUACUCCAUUUUCAAAAGCACCGCUUCAGACCCGCUCAAACAAAUCCUUAGAUGAUCCUUCACAGUUAUCGGAGAAAAAACAAUCAAGCACUAUGAAAAAACCUGCAAUCAACACAGGAUCUGCUACUGGCAACCCUCGAAACAAAUGUGCUCUUCAACCCGGCCAUAGUCUUAUGGACUGGAUUCGACUGGGGAAUUCCGGAAAAGAUCUGACAGGAGUUGGUGGUCGUAUCCGAACGGUAACGCCUGCCGAACUCGCUACGCACAACACGGAAAAAGACGCUUGGCUAGCUAUCCGAGGAAGAGUUUAUAACAUUACUUCUUACUUGCCUUAUCAUCCUGGAGGACCUGAAGAACUAAUGAAAGGCGCUGGUAUUGAUGCAACGGAACUUUUCGACAAAGUCCACCCGUGGGUCAAUUACGACUCACUUUUAGCGAAAUGCUUGGUAGGUCCACUUAGUUUUGACCGGCCAGACGCUGAGGAACUAUUUGACAUAUCAAAUCCAUCUCCGAAAUCCGACCGACUCAGAGAACCAUCAAAAGCUCAGGAAUUAGUAAGAAAAUCGAUGGAAAACUUAGCAAACUGCAUAACGCCGGUAAGAAAGAAAAUAAUCGCUAAAAGUGAGGAGAAUGUCAAAGGAAGUCCACCGAGUAAAAUAAUGCAGAGCUUAAUACAGUCUAGCGAUUUGCCGGUAUCUAUAAGCCGAAGAGCGGCGUCGAGUCCUUUGAAAUCAGCGGACAAGACAAAGGAUUCACCUCCUUCACUACGUUUCGAUUGGAUCCAAACGUCGACAAACCUCACUAUCUCUGUAUACACUGGACCUUUAACUAAUCCCGGUGGUCGUGCGAGAAUUUCUGAAGACGCUUUGUUCAUAGAUGUUGCGACUAAUGGUUGGUUAAGGACAUUAAAGUUGGUGCCCGAAGAAGCUAUAAAAGAUCCUAUACGGAUACGAGUUUUUUCAGAAAGUGGUAAAAUAGAGGUUAAAGUGUUAAAGGCUACAAAUAAAGUGUGGAAAAACAUUGGAGAGACAAUAUUCAGCUCACCGACUGAAAUCUCCUCCCCUCGCACGCUUGAAUGUAGGGUAGUGCACGUAGAACGCGUUUCGCAUGAUACUACCCUCCUCGCACUGGUGCCAAAAACGGGACCUGUCGUUGUUCCAUUAGGACACCAUGUUAGAGUACACCAUAGAGAAAAGGACAAGGAAUGUGUCCGUUCGUACACGCCGGUGGGUGACAAUUGGGAUCGCUUCGGAAAUGAAUUCAGCGCUUUGAAGUUAGUAGUGAAACGUUACGACACCGGCGCCAUAUCUCCUCAUCUUACUGGAUUGAAAGUUGGAGAUCUAAUUACACUGUCCGGACCUUAUGGAAACUUUCAAUUACAAAAGCUGAAGCAAGUCAAAAUUUUAUAUUUAAUAGCGGCGGGUACGGGAAUCACUCCAAUGUUGGGAUUGUUAAGAUUUAUGCUAACGAGGUCGAAUCCGAAAUGUGAACGUGUGCAUUUAAUAUUCUUCAACAAAACGGAAGAGGACAUUCUGUUUAAGGAAAAGUUCGAAGAAAUGGCGAGACAAGAUGUGAGGUUUAAAAUAACACACGUUUUAUCAAAUGCCAGUUCUGCGUGGACGGGACACAAAGGUCGGAUAAGCAGUAAAGUUCUUACAGAUAUCGUCGAUAAAACGUCCCUGUGCAACGAAGACUUACCGCAUUUUGCAUGUUUGUGUGGCCCAACGGAAUUUACACACACGGGGAUGGAUUUAUUAAAAAAAUUGGGAAUGAAAGAAAACGAUAUACACGCUUUUAUAGGAUAA